AUGUCGCUUGGUCACAACGCCUGGCCCCCGGGCAAUACACGUCCGCCGGACGACCAUCAGGAGUCGCCUCGACCUGUCAAUGGCUUGGUCAAGACAUUGUCUGGUUCGCGCACUCCCCAGGUACGCGGCUCUGUCAGCGCCGACGGGCCGAACCCCAGUAGUAUGACAUCGGAGCCAGACCUCACCCUCGAAGAAGACCCGCGCAUUGCUCAAUUUCGUGAUCUCUAUCGGCGCAGUGAGGCUAAAAUAAACGCGCUUUUCUCUGGUCAUUAUGCUGCGGAUGACCCUACAACCGCCGCGAUCGCGGAGACGGAACAGCCCGACGCCGGAACCGAACGCGUUGAUGCGCCGGCACCCCCUACAGCUCCACCAGCUAAACCUACGCGUAAAAUGGAUGACGAUUACGAUGACUACGAUGAGGAUGAUGAUGCAGAUAUGGAAGAUGCAACCGAAUCGCCUCUGAAGAGCAAGUCCGUGCCCCCAUCGCAAGACCCCAGCGCCGCUACCCUACCCGUUCAACGACCCGGUACCGCAGCUUCCACCAGUAUCGAUGGAUCAAAAGAAACAAAGAAAGAAUCAGUGGAGGACAUCCGAAAGCAACUCGAAGAAGACAAGAAAGCUACAGAGGAAGCUGCUAAGCGGAGCUUUCAUACGUUAUUCUAUACCCUUGAGAACGAUCGCGACGCCAUGCUGGACCAGCAACGAUUGGAAGAGUCUGAGCGACAAGUCGAGGCAGAAAUUUCAGGCCAGGCUGGCUCUGGUGGUAACAACGCGGCUGGCGGACCGAAACGGAUAUAG